GUAAUCCAAAAUGGCGGCCACCUAGCAAUGUUUCGUGGGACUUGCAAAACUACGAGUUUUUCUGCAAACUAUGAGUUCAGCAGCGCAAGUUUUAAGACAAGCAGAAGCUCUCAAAGCAAGUGUAUCAGAUUCAAACAAAGGUAUAUCAGAAACAUGGGUGGCCAGACAAAGACUGGAAGAUCUGUACAAGAAACUGCUGUUGAUGGACUUGGAGUAUGCUCUUGAUAAGAAAGUAGAGCAAGACCUAUGGAACCAUGCUUUUAAAAAUCACAUCAAUAGUUUACAGUCCCAAACUAAAGAUAAACAGAACCCAAAGAGAGGAGAGACCCAAGCCACACUGAACCUAUUCUUGGAGACAGCGAGUGGGUUUUAUCUUCAGUUGCUGCAGCUGGUAUGCACCACCUUCAAACUGGAUCUCCCUUUCAGGAGGAAAUCUUCAUGUUUUGGCAUUUUAAAGGAGAAAAUUCCCUUGAAGGUUAAGAUAACACCUCCGAAGAAAAGUUCCUGUCUGUACAUCUGUCAGCACUGUCUGGUUCACCUAGGGGACAUAGCUCGUUACCGGCAGCAGAUAGAGCAGGCUCAGACUUACUACUGGCAUGCUGCUAACCUUCUGCCUUUUAAUGGCCAGCCCUACAACCAGCUGGCUAUAGUGGAGGCAGCCUAUGGAAACAAGCUUUCCACGGUGUUCUACUACAUCCGUAGUCUGGCUGUCAGACACCCCUUCCCAGUGGCCGCAACCAAUCUGGAGAAACUUUACAACAAACUGGCCAAAGAUCCGUGUGAGUUAAAAGGGAAGCUGUCUGUUAGUGAAAUGAUCACAGCCUUCUUACAGUUCCAGGCCUUUAUCCACAUGUGUGUUGAACUCCAGAGAGCCGAGCUGCUCAGUGAAAAGCUAGUAGCGGCUUUACCAGCACAUGUUACAUCACAGAGCUUUCCAUCAGGCAUUCUAGUGCAGAUUAUUGCUAUCAACAUCUUCGCAAUGCAGCAUGCUCGUCGACAGUUGUCUUCUGACACUGAUGACCUCAGCAAUGGACACCUAUAUGACACGUUGACUGUGGACGAAGAGACAUCAUUUCAACUUAUGUUCAAGUUCACAAUACUUGUACUAGAUAUCCUGCUACAGUACACACCAAAACAAGAACAGAAGCUGCGUGAUUUCUUCACUUUGCCAGCUGUUAAACUUUUGUUGGACUGGUUCAAACUCAAUCCAGAACACCUGUAUAAUCCUGUCCUGAAAACAUCAAGCCUGUGGGUGAACUUGUGUAAAGUUCUGAACAACAUUCGCCCACCAUCUGCUCCCAAGGAUGGUAAACAUGACAUCGACAAGUAUGAAGAUUUACCUCUGACAGAGGAUGCUGAACUUCGAUGUUUUCAGCCUCUGGAAAAGGCACACAGUGGGUUUAGCUUUAGCAGAGUGCCAAGUGAAGGUCUACCAUCAGAAGUGGAGUCCCAAUUACGCUGUCGACGACUGUUGGCCCAUGGUCACUGGAUUGCUGAAGAAUAUCCCGGGUUGAACCUCAUGAAUAUCCAAGCUAAUAAAAUAGGAAAAGUACAGUUUACAGCCCCAUCGGCCCCAGUUAAAGUUAUUGCUGCCCCAUCAGCCCCUCUCAAGGUUGUCUCUGCUCCUUCUAAGGUGAUUGGCACGACAUCAGUACCAGUCAAGGUCAUGUCCCCCUCAGUGUUGGUCAAGACUGGAACAACAGAAUCACAACCAUUUCAAUCUAGUCCAGAGAGAAAGCCAGUGCGACAAAAUGUGGCUAUACAGGCCAUUAUCCAAAAACAAAGUCAGACCAAUAAAGACCAGGGGGGAUGGGGGGGGGAAGGAUACAACAACCUUACAGACAAGGUAGAGUUUAUAGUUGACUCACAGAUACAACAACCUUCAGACAAGGUGAAGGCUGUAGAGAGUGUUGAGAGAGGUGGUAAGCUGUGCUCCCCUAAAUACAUACUUGGUGUUCCUACGAGUGAACCUCUAUUUAUGAAACCAAGUGGAGGCCGGCCGACAUCUGGGGGUUCAGCAGGGACUGGAAGGCCUCCAACACAGACUCCUCCACGCCUACAGAAACAACAUCAGCUACAACUUGCCCAGCAACAGAUGCAGACUCAUUUAGAGGAGGAAGAGGAUGUAAAUGAGGAGGAACAAUUGUCAUGGCAACCCCUGCUGGAACAUCAAAAGACUUCCCAGGAACAAAUCGGAAAGCAGACAAAGAUAGGUUGGCAGCUGACAUCACAACAGUCUGCAAAGGAAGCCUCACCUCAACAGACAGCUGGGUAUCCGCAGACAGAAUCACAGUUUACUCCUCAGCCAAACAAUUCCUCGUUAUCACCAGGACAACAGGUGGCGUCACCUCACCAGCAUCCAAGGACCUCGCCUCACCCAGCCCAGUCUCCCAAACCUGUCAUGAUUCUUCAGUCAGACUUCAGGUCACCCCCUAGGAAGCCUGUCAUUCAGCAACAAAAUCAACAAGAACACCAUCAUCAACAGCUGCAGCAACCACAACAGGAUAAUUCUGCAUCCUCCCCAUCCAGUGAAUUUGACAUGAUGGGUUACCCCCGAAACAUGACCAAUCACGAUGGAGGUCCAAUUAGAGGCGGGAACUUUGACCCCAGCAUAGCCUUUAGAACCUCAGGACCAGGCCAGCAUAAUAAUUUACCAGGUUUUCAGCAAGAGCGCUCUCCACUUCAGGGACAACUCCAAAGUCAAAGUCAUGAAGUGUUAAGUGAUAAUGUAGACAUGAGAACCUCACAACACCAGAGACAUGGGAGGUCACAUCCUGCUGGAGUUAAUGACCCAAAUAUGCCCUAUAUAAAUGCUGCUUCAGGAGCAUCUAUAGCAGGUGAACAAGGAAACAACAUGAGGUCACCCUCUCAGCAGGGGAGUCAACUGGGCAACCAAUUUUCUCGAAAUCAACCUCCACCAAAUAUGAACAUGUACUAUGGACAGCAGGGCAACAUGUCAAGGUCUGCCCAGGGUAGCCAUAUGAACCACAUUUCUGGGUCUAGCACUGAUAAUAUUCCUGGAGUAGGUGGGCCUCCCAAAAUUAACCACAUCAACUACUCUUCUGGUUCUGGUGCGGACAAUAUUCCUGGGGCAGGGGGUCCAGAUAUGGGAGCAGGAGUUGGUGGGAUGGAAAAUAUGACUGGGGGCCAAUCAUUCAAGGGACAAUCAAGCAGAUCAUUAAUCCCAGGUCCAAUAGCCACGCAUCUACAACAGCAUGGGCCCCCACCCCAGCAAAGUCAGCUCCAGUGUGGUCCACCAUCUCCGCAAAAUCAGCCACUCAGAGGACCACCUUUGCAACAAGCUCAGCUGAGAGGACAGCUUGCACAACACAAUCAGCAACAAAGAGGGCCACAUUCACAUCAGAGAGGUCCACCUCCACAUCAGAGUCAGCAAGUUAGGGUGCCACCUCCACAACAGAAUCAGCAACUAAGGGGGCCACCACCACAACCGAAUCAGCAACUCAGGGGGCCAUCCCCACAGCAGAAUCAGCAACUCAGGGGGCCGUCUCCACAACAGAAUCAGCAACUCAGGGGGCCACCACCACAACAGAAUCAGCAACUCAGGGGACCACCCCCACAACAGAAUCAGCAACUAAGGGGGCCAUCCCCACAACAGAAUCAGCAACUCAGGGGGCCGUCUCCACAUCAGAAUCAACAACUUAGGGGGCCACCCCCACAGCAGAAUCAACAACAGAGAGGACAACAUUUUCAGACACAUCCAUCUCACAGUCAAAGUUCUGUCCCAGGGCAACCUCCGCCAUCUCACGCCCAGCAGCCUCACCCUCAUCAGCAGCCCCAGCAAGGUGUCAACCCUGCAUACCAGGGGCCCAUGUUUAAUCCCAUUAACUUCUUGGCAGGCAUUAGUCGCUUUAACCUUGGGAACCAGAACUUUAGCAACAUGGAAGGACUGGACCUAAUGAGACAAAAUCUAAAAAAAGAGGAUCUCUCUCCCAAUGCUGCUGACAUUCUUGGGGCACUCUCACUGCUUGCAGUACAGCCACCCCGAGGUAUGCAGGACACCCUGAUGGUACCAAAUAUACAUUCUUCCUUCCAAGGUCAUGCAGAGGGAACACCAAAACCAGACUCCUCAUCCCCGCCAUGUAGAAGUCCCCUAUUGACACCAGAGAUGGAACCUCGGCCCCCCAGUCAGGUGACGAUGUCAAAUCCAGCCUCUCAGCAGCUGGGUACCUACACUCUGUUCAGCAACUCGCCCUGGUCUGUCCCGCUGUCCACGACUGACACCAAAAGUUUGGCAUCCUCGCCAUUUUCCUCCGAGUCCAACAGUAUGAGGAACUCUCCUGAUCCACCAGUGGACAUAGAUGGCAAGUCUGCGAGUCAUGGCUUUGAAAUGGGACUCCGGUUUGGACCCAAUGAAGAACACAGUAGGCGGGAGAAAGGGGGACAACCCAUACCACAUCCAGAGGCCCCACCCACACAGGAACAGGGGGGACCUGGACCAUUCUUCCCUAGUACUUUCCAGUCUAUUUGGUCGUCAGGAUCAUCAGCUGGUCAGUCACCAUUGGAAAGACUCCUGGAGAAACAAAAACGACGCCAGAAUGACCCACAUUGAAGGGAGACUGGGGCCAGGGAUGUACAUCUCCGGACUUUCUCCUCAGCCUGCACACAAUAUGUGUCAACCGGCUAUAUCAACACAUGAUGGCACUAGAUGUCAACAGCAGAUAUGUUUUAACAUAUUAAUGUGUCAACAUGAUGACAGAUAAGACAACAUUGUCAUUGAAGCCUAUGAUACCUUGUCUCUGCUGGAGAGGCAUCGUCAGGAGCAGACAUGGUGAUGUGGUUACAGAUAUCAUCAGUAAAGCACCUGUAGUAGUCCACCUCAACAGAUCUAGUAACAGCCUACAGAUUUACAUGUACCUGUUGGCUAUAUCAAAAGAAAAAAAGCAAGACUGACAUGCAUUUCUGUAGAGAUGAGUGCAGUGUGUCAGCAGGCGAAAUGUAAAUUGGAUUGACAUUUACAGAAUAUGUCAGUAGAGAUACAGAACAUGUCCAUAGGACAUACAGAGUGUCAGUAUAGAGGUACAAAGUGUGUCAGUAGGACGUUCAAAACGUAUCCGUAGGACUGUUCAGAUACAUCUCUGAUUUACAGAGCAAACUUUUGACAUUGUGUAUAAAUUAAGGGUGAAAUGUGAUAAACAGUUUUAGCUUGCACUUAUACUAUUUUUGCACAGAUUGUGAAUUGUAAAUAAAUUAAAUUAUAUGACAAAUAAUGUCACCAUUUAUUCCAGGUUAAUGUAUGUAUACUGUUUACGUAUUACGGUUGAUUCAUACUUCCAAUGGAAAUAGGAUCAUCUGUCAGAAUGAUUCAUUGUAUAUCAUGGAUUUGAUGUUUACUGUUAAGACUAAACUUGUACUAAGAAAAACUGGAUGUUUUCAUCUGAAAUCUCUUAAAACAUGUUGUGUUAUGAGUUUCUGCUAUAUGUAUUCACAGCUGUCAGUAAAUUUGGCCUCUGGUGAUAGGUCGAAAUAUGGGACAAAUCAUCAUGUCAUAUGUGACCGGUAGUCAUAUCAUACAUCAAUUGACUUCUUGUCAUGAUGGGUGAUUAACUUAUAGGGGGACUAUUUGUCAUAUCUUGUGACUAAUUUCCUUAUGUUAUUAUUUUAUUAAUGACAAAUUAUUGAUUUGUUACGUGUUUUGUUUGACAAUGUGUGCCUGUGUGAACAGAAGGUUUCUAACAUACUGAUGUAAACCUUGUGAACAAAUUGAUGUUUACCUGUGUUAGCAGACAGAUGUUUACCUGUGUAAACAGAGGAAUGUUUACCUGUGUUAGCAGACAGAUGUUUACCUGUGUAAAGAGAAGAAUGUUUACCUGUGUGUAAACAAGAAAUAUUUCCCGCGUGAACAGGCGAUGUUUUCCUGUUUGGAGAGACUGAUGUCAAUAGCUGUGGAUUCAUUAUGACACUGAUAAUCUGUUUUACAAAUAAUCAUCCACAUUAAGAAGUUGUAAACAUGCUGUUAUGUUGUUUAUACACCUGUGUUACAUUGUCAUAGUGAUACUCUUGUGUUACAUUGUCAAAGUGAUACACCUGUGUUACAUUGUCAUAGUGAUACACCCGUGUUACAUUGUCAUAGUGAUACACCUGUGUUACAUUGUCAUAGUGAUACACCUGUAUUACAUUGUCAUAGUGAUACACCUGUGUUACAUUGUCAGAGUGAUACACCUGUGUUACAUUGUCAUAGUGAUACACCUGUGUUACAUUGUCAGAGUGAUACACCUGUGUUACAUUGUCAUAGUGAUACACCUGUGUUACAUUGUCAUAGUGAUACACCUGUGUUACAUUGUCAGAGUGAUACACCUGUGUUACAUUGACAGAGUGAUACACCUGUGUAACAUUGUCAUAGUGAUACUCCUGUGUUACAUUGUCAUAGUGAUACACCUGUGUUACAUUGUCAUAGUGAUACACCUGUGUUACAAUGCCAGACACAUCACCUGAUGUUUGUUAUUUCUGAUGACAUAUGUUAAAAAGUGGACCAUAAUCAUGGCGGAUUAUUUCAAGGUUGACACAUAACGAAUUGGUAACUUGUGUAUGAUGAGAUAUUUGAGAGUAGUUAGGCAUGUGACAAAGGUAGGUGUAUCUGAUGUAAUGAACAAAAUCUGUCCUAACUUAUCAGAGGUAUAUGAUGAGGUUCUUUAUUCAGGACACUUGAUUACAAUAAUGGAAUAAGUAAAACCUUUGUAACAGUUAUUAAAACCCUCUCUGCUGAAAUGCCAUGUGCUCUGAUAUCAAUAUGUUGAGCACUCUAAUAUAGGAUAUGUUUGCAAUAUACAUAUAAUCUUUGUUAGACUGUAGGUCACAUAUGACCCAAAUUAAUAAAAUUCAAUAAGAUUGGAAAGUAUAACACAAACAUCUUCCUUGUUCUGGUAUCUUUAUAGGUGUACAGGUAGGAAAAGUGUGCCAGGCUCACUGUUGUUCAUAAGCUGUCUAAAAUGUAUUCUACAUCAGAAGUCCUGUAUGAGAAUACUUUGUGACCGAUUGUAAAUGCCAGUCCAGCCUCCCCCUAUACACACGUUCUUCAUCCAGGGGGUAUUACUCUAUACCAUAUACGAGUAGGUGUACCUGGUGACAUCUAGUUCAGGAAACAAACCUUCUAUAAAGUCUCUCAUGUGGAAUAUUUAUGUUGUAUUAAGAUGGACAGGUAUUCUAUUCUGUUAAGACCUGAUUUUGAGCAUGUCGGUGUACUGAAAUGGAUUUUCAAUUCCUAAAUUCAAUUAAAAGUAAUAAUCUAAAUACUAUGAUUGUAUUCACAGGGGCUUGACACACUCCUAUUACCCAGAAUGGAACAUUGAAUCCAAGGUUUCAACCCUCAGAUCACUUAAAAAUCAGGGUUCCUUCUGGCUCAUAGCAAUGCGUCAAGUCCCUGUGAUAGUGUUAUAUGAUAAAUGAUAAUUACAUUUAUGUGGAGGUUGACCAGGUGAGUUAAUCACAGUUAAAAUGGCCCUGCUGAAGGUAUUACUGCUGUUUAAACCAUCUCACGUUUGAUAAUAGAGGAUCUAAUGCAUUUAUGGAGAACUAAUUCAAAAGAAAUACUAAUUUCAUAUCAAACUAGACUCUUUAAUAUUCAUAUGACAUUAAUAAGCAUGUUCAAUUAUUCAAUAUGACAUGAAAACAAGUACCAGAUUCUAUUUCAAUAUUGUAUAACUAGAGAUAUAUGGUUACAUUUGUAUUUUCAAAGCUCUGUACGUGAAUAUCCUGAUUUGAAAGACUCCUUUUUUCACUACUGUGACCUUGUAGUGAAAUGCUAUAUAUAGUGAGAUAGUGUUUUUAAUGUCAAGGCCAUAUCUGUAAGACUCGCCUAUAUGUGUGCCAUGUUGUUUUUAUUAAAUGGCAAUAUAACAUGGUAGAUGGUCCCGGUUACAGUACACCUACUGUAUAGAAUACCAUAAGGAUUGAUGAAAAUAUACUUACUUUGGGAAUAAUCUAAUUUUAGUGCAUUGACUAAUGUUCACAGGAUAGUGAUGAUGAAUUGACACAUCCAUACCACAUGCUAUAUUAUAUAUAAUAGAGGUUGAAAUGAUAGAAGUGGUCAGUAAUAAGCAUGAUUAUAUUUGAGUGCAAUGAUUCCACUGUAAAAAGUGUAAAAAUAAGAUUACAGCGAAAAUAUUUAUGUACAAACUGUUUUGGUGUGUUAGAUGACUUUAUCACCAUUAUUAUCAGAAAGGAGAGAAGACAUCAGUCACAUCAAACAUUUUGAUCGUUUACUGAUGAUCUGUUGGAGUGUAUUUUGGUGAUCAAUUAGCUUACUGAUCACAACCCAAUAGUGAUUUCACAACUCUUUUUACUUGUAAAAUAAUAAUAUGGCUUCAAAAGACUAGUGUGAGUUAAAGUUUAUUGUUUAUAUUCUGGUGUGGUAGGCUCUGGUGGUGUGUAUCUUUCAUUUGUGAAUAAUUUAAAUGGAAUUGGGCUAUAAUUCACCAUAUCAAGUUGAAUACUGAAAAUCAAAUAGAUAUGUCCUUACAGGAAAAGGACAGGUAAAAAUCUAAAUAUCCACCAGAGCUAUAUCGUGAACUGGUCUCAACUUUUGUUUCUUUUUUCUAAGAAAGUAGCAGCAGGAGAAUGAUUUAUAUUUGGAAACACAUAUUACUGUUGCAUUUGAGAAGUCAUGACCUACAUUAUGGAAACACACUAUUUGGUUAACUCAUUGUGCCAAAUUUUAACAGAUUUUAAUCAUAAAAAUGAAUUGGCACAUCAAUAUUAUUUGCUGUAGAAAGAGAAAAUGUAAUCAUUACAUAAUCUAGCGCAAUGCUUCCAGCACACAAAAAAAGCUAAAAUAAGGUGACCAGUAAACUAUAUAAAUAAUGUUUACAGUAUCCAUGUGGACUGAUAUGGUGAUAUCACAGAUUAUAAUCAUUAACAGACAUUACACAGUUCACUACAUUAGGUACAUUUUUAAAGGUACACUAAUUACCAGGCAAUAAAUUAAGAAGCUAAUAAUUCAACUGAUGUGUCCACACUAUAUUUGCUGUUGUCUUUUAUCUACAUUCUGAUACUUACGAUGUGUAAUAUCCCUAAUGAUUUGUUACAGUCUUAACUUCAUACGCACUAUUAUUGUCCAUAGCAUCUCUCUACUAAGAUCACCUUCAGCCCGUAGCAUCUCUCUACUAAGAUCACCUUCAGCCCGUAGCAUCUCUCUACUAAGAUCACCUUCAGUCCGUAGCAUCUCUCUACUAAGAUGACCUUCCGUAGCAUCUCUCUACUAAGAUCACCUUCAGCCCGUAGCAUCUCUCUAUUAAGAUCACCUUCAGUCCGUAGUAUCUCUCUACUAAGAUCACCUUCAGUCCGUAGUAUUUCUCUACUAAGAUCACCUUCAGUCCGUAGUAUCUCUCUACUAAGAUCACCUUCAGUCCGUAGCAUCUCUCUACUAAGAUCACCUUCCGUAGUAUCUCUCUACUAAGAUCACCUUCAGUCCGUAGUAUCUCUCUACUAAGAUCACCUUCAGUCCGUAGUAUUUCUCUACUAAGAUCACCUUCAGUCCGUAGCAUCUCUCUACUAAGAUCACCUUCAGUCCGUAGUAUUUCUCUACUAAGAUCACCUUCAGUCCGUAGUAUUUCUCUACUAAGAUCACCUUCAGCCCGUAGCAUCUCUCUAUUAAGAUCACCUUCAGUCCGUAGUAUCUCUCUACUAAGAUCAUCUUCAGCCCGUAGUAUCUCUCUACUAAGAUCACCUUCAGUCCGUAGUAUCUCUCUACUAAGAUCACCUUCAGUCCGUAGCAUCUCUCUACUAAGAUCACCUUCAGUCCGUAGCAUCUCUCUACUAAGAUCACCUUCAGUCCGUAGCAUCUCUCUACUAAGAUGACCUUCCGUAGCAUCUCUCUACUAAGAUCACCUUCAGUCCGUAGCAUCUCUCUACUAAGAUGACCUUCCGUAGCAUCUCUCUACUAAGAUCACCUUCAGUCCGUAGUAUCUCUCUACUAAGAUCACCUCCAGUAACGUGUGGUAAUUGGUUGGUCAGUAGUUUCUCAUUUGUCAGUAUUUGCUCUACGCCCUAGUUGAUUCCAUGAAAACCUACUUGUACUGUUAAAAACGGUCAUUGGGAAGGACAGUUUGAGCUUGAUGUACUUUAGAUCAUUGCUGCACUACUUCUUAGAUCAUUUCUAAAUGAUUUAUGAUGUCUGUAUAUACGACCAUUGGUGAGAUGUUGAUGAAGUAACUUUGUGUCUGAUCCAGGUAUAUCAGUUAAAUACCAAAUAAAGAUAAACUAAAUGUGUCAAUGCAAAGGUAAUCUGUAACACUGAAUCACAUGCAGCUAUAGAUGUGUCAUUCUGUUACCAAGGUAACUUAUAGCACUGAAUUACGUGUAGCUUCAGAUAUAUUAUUCUGACUAAGAUAAUUUAUAACGAUUAACUAUGUGUUUGUCUGUUACCAAGGUACUCUAUAUCACAGAAUCACAUGUAGCAUAAUUUAUAUAUGUCAUUCGGUUACCAAGGUAAUCUAUAACAAUCUAGAUCACGUGUAGCGACAGAUAUGUUAUUCUGUAACCAAGGUAAUAUAUAACACUGAAUCAGGUGCAUCUACAAGUAUGUCGUUCUGUUACCAUGGUAAUCUAUAACACUGAAUCACCUGUAGCUACAGAUAUGUCAUCUGUUACCAAGGUAAUGUUACCACUGAGUCACGUGCCAUUCUGUUACCAAGGUAAUGUAUAACACUAAAUCACUCGAGCAACAGGUAUGCUAUUCUGUUACGAGUAUACAGGUGUAACAUUGUUUUUUUUCAGACCUGUUACUAAGCAACAUUUGCUACACUUUUAGUCUUUAUUACAAUUGUUGAAUUUUUUACUAAAGAGUAUGAAAAAAAAUCAUGAUUAGUUUUGAAUGUCUGCAUAAGUCGUUUUCGGUGCUUCGUGGGUGUAUUGAAGAGAAUGGCUGGCAGAAGAGAUAAAUAAAGUCACACUGGAUAAAA